CACAAUCACAACCAACCUACAGUAUAUCUAUAGCAAACGCGCAUUCUUCAUUCAAGUCAAUCAAUAUUUUUUAUUGUUCUCAGUAAGGGUUUUGGCCAACAACAAUUAAUAAUCAAUAAGGCCUCAUCACUCUCCAUGUAGGAGCAAAAAUGCUCAAGAGGCAAUUCUGUAUGCUGAAAGCCCAGGGAAGGCUCCCACUGGACCUACCUCUGAGACCAAUGAAGGACUGGCUCCUGGCAGGGAAAAGAGUCUUCCUGGAGCGUGAGGCAGAGACAUGGAAGAGAUGGAGGAAGGUCUCUGUAGCUGAAUUGACUUGGGAUGCAAAGAGGGGCCUGGAAUUACAGGAAACAGAGACAGAGAGAGUUAUCCUGCUCAGUGGCCAGAGAGUUCAGGAUGAAUUAAGGAUACCAAAUGUCAUCGUGGACACUGCUACCGACGGAGACAUCCAGCUUCUGAAAGAGGAGCGUUUGAAGUUAAUCCGAAAAUUCUAUGAUAUGAUUGCAGAACUACCAAAGUCCUAUUUCGGAUCCACUGAGAGCCUUCCUGAGAUGUGUGGCAGAGGUCCUGAGGUGUGUAGUAGAGUGCCUGAGGUGUGCAGCAGAGGUCCUGAGGUGAGAAGCGGAGGUCCUGAGGUGAGGUGCAGAGGUCCUGAGGUGUGCAGCAUACGUUCACAGGUGUGCAGCACAGGUCCUGAGGUGUGCAGUGGAGUGCCUGAGGUGUCAAAUGCAGUGGGAGAGGUGUCAAGUGACACAAAGAAGACAGAGGCUACUGGAGCCCUUCGGAACACUGGAAAUGGCCUGAGAAAGGUGGUGCAGCUAUCCACUGAGAGCCGUCCUGAGGUGUGCAGCAGUCCUGAGGUGUGCAUCGGAGUGCCUGAGGUGUUCAGUGGAGGUCCCGAGGUAUGCAGUGGAGUGCCUGACAUGUGCAGUGGAGUGCCUGAAGUGUUCAAUGGAGGUCCUGAGGUGUGCAGGGGAAGUCCUGAGGUGUUCAGUGAGGUGCCUGAGGCACCAAACGCAGUGGAAGAGGUGUCCAGUGACAAAAAGAAGACAGCGGCUGCUGAAAACCUUCUGGACACUGAAAAUGUCCUUAGCAAUGUUGUGAACCCCAAAGGGUGGCUGAAGGAGGGCUGGGAAGAUCAGCUGCACCAAGACUUCACUAAUAUGAUUGCAAAACUCCCAAAGUCCUAUUUCGGAUCCACCGAGAGCCUUCCUGAGGUGUGCAGCAGAGGUCCUGAGGCCUCAAAUGCAGUGGAAGAGGUGUGCAGUGACACAAAGAAGACAGAGUCUACUGGAAACCAUCUGAAAACGGGAAAUGGCCUAAGCAAGGUGUUGAAGCUAUCCACUGAGAACCGUCCUGAGGUGUACAGCAGUCCUGAGGUGUGCAUCGGAGUGCCUGAGGUGUUCAGUGGCGGUCCCGAGGUAUGCAGUGGAGUGCCUGACAUGUGCAGUGGAGUGCCUGAAGUGUUCAAUGGAGGUCCUGUGGUGUGCAGGGGAAGUCCUGAGGUGUUCAGUGAGGUGCCUGAGGCACCAAACGCAGUGGAAGAAGUGUCCAGUGACAAAAAGAAGACAGCGGCUGCUGAAAACCUUCUGAACACUGGAAAUGGCCUCAGCAAGGUGAUGCAGCUAUCUACUGAGAGCUGUCCUGAGGUGAGCAGCGGAGUGACCGAGGCGUUGAACUCAGUGGCAAAGGUGUCCAGCGAAACAAAGAAGCGGAAGAAAAAUGGCGUUCUGCGAUUCUUCCGACGUGUGUUGACGUUCUUCACAUGCACCAUCAGCCUCCCCAAAGAGGAGUGACUCAAGCACAAACACACACACACACAACUCUGGGCCACACUCUGCAUCUGAAUUUCUCCACCAUCUCCACCUUUCCUUUGAACUGCCUAGUUUUAAUAAUAAAAAUAAAGGGGAUCUGAACCCCAACAAA